CUCUCUCACUGGGAAUGGAUUUCACUUAAAAGACUGAAAUUUUAGCUUAAAAUGGGUUCGUACACAAAAGUUGCAGCCUUUUUCACAGCCGUCUUUACCAUUAUUAUUAUUAUUAUUACCAUGCACAAAGGUCAUUGUGUUUGUCAAUCAAGAAAUAUCAUCAGAUCAUGCUUCUUCUUCUUCUUAUUCCUCUCUCCACCACCACCACUCAAUAUCUUUGAUUUCUUCUAUUAAUAAUGACUCCCUUUUUACCUUCAUUACAUCAUUAGUAAUAUAAAAUAUCCCCUCUUGUUCCCUUUAAACUUGAACCCAAGUUGCAGCAGCAUUCAUUUCUCUGUACCUUUUUGUUGUUGCUGUUUUCAGUUUCUGGUUAACCUUUUAAGCUCUGGGUCGUAGUUGUCCUUGUCAGGCACGCUUAAUUGCUGCCUCUGCCACUGUCAUCCCCCCCCCCCCCAAAAAAAAGCAAAAAAAAAAAAAAAAGGCCUCUUUCCUUCAACUCCUUACAUUUACUUGCACCUUCCUUCUUCUGUCUCUUUUAUUAGUCUGGUUUUCUGGGUUUCCCUUUGUUUGCUUACUAUUUCUGGGUCACUACACUAAAUCCAUAAGUUUUUUUUCCUUUCGUUUUGUCCGGAGGUGACCGGAGAUUCAGAGGACAGUAAUGGCUGUCAGGUCGGGUGGUUCUUCUUCGUCUGUCCGGUCUCUGCCUCCGCCGUGUCCGAAAUCGCCACCGGGGUAUCCGGAUUUGUAUGGGAAACGAAGGGAAGCGGCUAAGAUUCAGAUGCUUGAGAGAGAGAUUAGUUUCCUUGAGGAAGAGUUGAAAUCCGUCGAAGGUCUCCAACCGGCUUCGAGAUAUUGCAAAGAGGUUACGGAUUUCGUGAUGGCGAAAUCUGAUCCACUGAUACCUACGAGCCGGAAGAAUCGGAAGUCGUGUCGGUUUUGGAAGUGGCUUUGUGGAAUUCCCUGCUUUAACUUGUCAUGGAUCUGCUGUUUCUGCAAUUCCGGGUGCUCUUGCGAUCUGAAAUGCCCCCGGUGUUGUGACUGUGGUAUAUGUAACUGCAGCUCAUGCAUUUGCAACUUAUGUAAAUGCAGCUCCUGCGACUGCAGUUCUUGUAAGUGCAGUAGCUCAUGCGACUGCAAUUCCUGUAAAUGCAGCUUGUCUGGCCUGAGUUCAUGCAAGUGCCGCCCAUGUGACUGCAGUUCAUGUAAAUGCAGCUCCUGCGACUGCAGUUCAUGUAAAUGCAGCUCGUGCGACUGUUGCUCGUGUUCAAGCUGCUGCACAAUCCCGAAAUGGCGAUGUAAAUGCCACUCAUGCGACUGCUGUUCGUGUUUAAGCUGCUGCACGAUCCCGAAAUGGCGAUGCAAGUGCAGCUCUUGCGACUGCUGUUCGUGUUUAAGCUGCUGCACGAUCCCGAAAUGGCGAUGCAAGUGCAGCUCAUUCGAUUGCUGUUCGUGUUCAAGCUGCUGCACGAUCCCGAAGUGGCAAUGUUUCUCGUGUCCUAAAUCCCGCUGCUGCGACAGCAGCCGAAACUGUUGCAUUUUGCGAUUCCCUUCAUGCACGGAUUGCUUUUGCUGCAGAUGGAAAUGUUCUACUCCUAAAUGUCCAGAGGCAAACCUUUGCUGCGAUUGUACAAAAACCUGUUGUAAUCCUUGCUGCCUGUUAUUUUAA